GGGGAGGGGGCCAUGGCCAGGCACCAGAUGGAGGGCGCUGGGCCCAGGCAGAGGCCUUGAGCUGUGCCCUGAAGUAGGGCAACGUGGCUGUUAGGGUGAUCAAAGUCCCUGCUUGCCCAGGAUGAGGGAGUUCCUGGGAUGCAGGACUUUCAGAGCUAAAAUGAGGAAAGUCCAUGGCAAACCUGCACGAGGUGUUCACCCUAGUAGCCAUGCUCCCAUGUGAAUGCCAUGGUAAGGACAUUGGGUCCUGAGAAAAAGAUAGAGAGACUGCUGUCCCAUCUCCCCACCUCCUAAGGGCCUGGCUGAUCUGUUGGGGUCUCCAAGCCUCCUGUACAUUUUGCUCAAAACCUUGGUCUCUCACUUCCUCCUUCCUGUUCUUACCCUUCUUGCUGGGACUUCAGGGGGCCCCAGAUCCACAGCAGGACCAGGGAAGGGAGGUGCAGGUACCGUCGGGGGUAGCAGGCCAGAGGUCCUCCUCCGUUUAGUGGGGGAGACAUCAAGUUCACCAAGCACUAGGCUGUGAAGAUGGAACAUGUCCGUGAAGGGUUUUGGUUGAGACAGAAAAAAAGAAUAAAUAGAUUAAAUCCAGUGCCCACAGGAUGAGCACACUCCAGCUGUGGAGCUCAGCAAGCAAGCAUUAGGUUGACAGUUUUCCUAAAUGGCUGCAAAAUGUAGUUUUGCUCUCUGGUGGAUGCUGUGCUGUGCUGCCUGGAGCCCCCUUCAGGACAGACGGACUUCAUGCCCCAUUGCCGGGAGGAGUGAGGGCAGAACUCCUCAUCUGCCUGCCCUCUUUGGGGUCUGCCGCUGCAGAGAGCCCCCUCCCAGGGCACCCACAUCCACUGGCUGAGUGGCACAGAGGGUGAUGCCCCGGGCCCCUUGCCAGCCAGGGGAAGGCCUGAAGGGUCACCCUAUCGUCAGAGCACCUCUCUUCCUUUUGCCCUCUGUCACUGCCCUACCUCUUCCGCCCAAUCCUGCUUCCUUCCCUUCCUCUCCAAGCUGUUGAUCCCAAAGGCACUUCAAUCCCCUUGCUAAUCUCCAUUUCCGAACCCAACAGGCAACACUAAGGUUUUAUAGGAUUUUUUCUUUCCUUUGCCGUUGAUUUGUUAACUAUGAGCAGUCUGUGACCAUAGCGUUUCUGUAGCUCACCUAAUGACACAUUUUUGAAAAAUGUGCUUGAUGUAUGUGGUUUUUCAACAAAUGCUUAUCGAGUGAUUGUGGCGGGCUGGGAGCAGGGGACAGUGAGACAGGCCAGAGGCUGAGACUCAUCCUGUCCUUCCCUCCAUUUGUACUUUUUUUUUGUCCUGUCCCCUCCUGCCUUCUCCUCUGAUGAUCCUGCUAAGCUCUUUCGUGGCUCCCAGCUUUCCCUCUCUCCCCACACCUCCUUUCCUGGAAAUGCGCCUGCACUCCAGUCCCCACGGAACUUUCCAGUGUGGAAACACUGAGGCUGGGCAUGAAGUUGCUGACUACCUCCAGGAUCAAUGAGCUCAGGGCUCUGGUUGACCAGCAAAGGGCCCCUAACUCCGUCACCCACCUCCAGCCCAUGCUUUACGUGUGGGGAGGGGAGAGUUAAGGCUGGGGAGGAAGUAUAAAAUGGAAGGGGUAGAGAGGAGAAAUAGGUUCUUAUUUCACCAUAGCUUCCUCCUGGACUGCCACAGGCUUCCCCACCUCCCAGCCCCAGUGAGGGGGACGAUCUGACCACAGGAAAGAGACAGUGCACAGGGCAGCCAAACCACAGCUACAGAGACCCUUGGAGCCUCCUCUGGGUCCCAAGGCUGAGGCCUCUCCAGACCCAGAGGUAGCCCCUGCCGUGGACCGAGGCCUCUCCCUUCUUCUCCAGGCCUCCCACUUCCUCAGCCGAGACCUCUGCCUUCCUUAGUUCUUCUGUCUCAGACUUGCUGUGGUUGCUCGGUUGAACCCAACGCAGCUUCUGGUUUCUCCGUCCUUGGGGGCUUUCCUCUCCCCAGCCCAGCUCAAGAAGAGGACCGAUGGCCUGGGAAGCCACACACCUGCUGCCACCUGUCCUGCUGGUGCUCCUGGUCCCAGGCUCCUGGGAACAGAAACCAGUGCAAGAGGUGCGACAGGAGCUGGAAGGUGGGACAAUCUCCGUGACAUGCAAGUACCGCCCAGAAGAUUCAAAUAGGAUGAAAAUCUGGUGUAGGCAGACAUCGGCUUGGUGUAACGUGUUGGUCACCAGCUCCAGGAGGCAGGCUGUGGCUCAGGAGUCGCGCUACUCGAUCUGGGAUUAUCCUCGUUCUGGCUACUUCACGGUUGGGAUGACUAAACUCAGGAAGGAGGACUCGGGAUCCUAUUGGUGCGGAAUCUUAGAGGCUCCCAGCAGGCCAAAUAUCAAUAUUUAUAAGAUCAUCCAGCUUGUGGUAUCUCCAGCUUCAACCCCAUCCACCACCAGGAGCACUGUGAGGACCACAGCCUGGGCCUCUGCCAUCAGCCCUGUCAUCAACAGCCCUCCAGACAACUGGAAGUUCAUCAUCCCAGCCACGGUGGUGGCCCUCCUGCUCCUGCUGGCACUGACCAUUGGCGUGAUCCUGUACAUCAGAAAAGCCCGAGAGGGAGCAGAGAAAGAUGACAAUGAAACCCAUUACAUCUAUGAAGACAUUUCAGACCAGAAGGAGAAGACCACCGACUUCAAUCAGCAUGUGGGCUCAGAGGAGAACACUGAUGACAUCCGCUAUGCCUCACUUAUCCACUUCGGCCCUGAGGACCACAUCUAUGCCAACUCCUACCCAAACCCAAGGCCCACACCUGACCCCUUUCUGUCUGUAGACUAUGCCAGCAUCACUGGAAACAGACCUCAGCCUUCCAAAUCGACUGCCCUGGAGGGGGAUCCUAAGAACUGAAGGCAGAAUACACUGGGCAGCGAGCACUUAUCAAGUACCUACAAGGCACAGAGCUGUUCUGCCAGUGGUGGGGUGAAUUCAUUGUGGCAAAGAUGACUACAAACUACCAAGGAGCCACACCCCUCCCUGCAAGGGAGGUGAGGAAGGGGGAGCAAGGGAAGGAAAAUCCUUUUUGCCCCAGAGGGCAGAAGAUUUGAGUCUGAGGGCUGAGAUGGGCAGGCUAUGGGGAUAAUAAGGUCUGGGAGAAGUGCUGUAGGACAGAGUCCAACUACACAGGGGGCUGGGAUCCAGUGCCUGAGUAACCCAAUUUUCACGUCCCUCCGUGACCAUCACUUCCUUCCUCAUGAUGAACUAUGAAAUCCUGGCAGAUUGGGCAAGUUCCUCUAUUGGUGAGUUAGAGCCUGUACUUGACACCCUCCUCCCUUAACUGUCCUCUCAGAGCCUCCAAGCUGGUCUGGAAAGUUCUGAAACCCCCUCCCCCACCAGCUCCUUCCUCUCCUUCCCAGCCUCCUGAUUGUAAUUCCCCGCUGGCUCACGGGAUUCUCAUCACCCUACCAGAAGGAAUGCCGGGAAGUGAGCAGUGCUCCCACCACUAGACUGUCUCCCCUAGCCCUUGCCCUGGCCUGGGCAGAGUGGGAGUGGGGUGCUCCCUUACCCAUUGCCACUCACACAACUCCACUCAAAACUGACUUUGGCUCCUCUGCAUUCCACAGAGACCAGUGUCCAAUCUCUUAACUGGAUCUCAGUCAAACAGAGUGGGCUGGGGAGGCCUCCCGCUUAGCCUAUGGACUUUUUCACAGGGGCCUUGUGGAGACGGGGUCCCUUUUUCACUAUGUGUCCAAAGGAGUGACUCUGAACUCUGGGAAAUCAGGCCAAGUGGGCAGAAGGGUGGUGUCUUGCCACAUCACAGAGGGAAGCUUGCUUAGAAUUGCAGAUCCAUCACUUCUCUGAGAUGAUAUUAAAGGUCAUCAAAUCCAGCUGCCAAUAGGAUGUCAGAAGCCCUCUACAAAAUCCAAAAACAUCAUGCAGUCUCUGUGUCAAUAUCUCUGAGGACGGGAAAUUUACUACUCAGGAAGCUCUUUUACUAAUCUUUUUGUCAGACUGAACCUUGCUUGCCAUCAGGUCACAAGGAGAUGUCAGCUUUGGUCAAACGAUGGGACCCGAAAGUCGGGUUGCAUCAUGGCCAGGAAGGGGGUGAGGAGUUGGAGAGCCGAGUGCUGAGGGGUUUGAGGUCUGGCAGGACAGUCUGGGAGGAAGAGGAAGUCCCGGGGGAGGGAGGAGGUGUAAGCUACUGAAACAUGUGAUGUCUCCAUGGCCAUCAUGUACCUUCUGGGUUGCCAGUGUCGGGGAUUUGGCUGUGUCCCCAGCCACUGUCUUCAUGAGGUUAUGGACUGUGGGGACCAGAAGGCCAGGGACUCAAGGGGUUGCGGGAGGCAGGGAGCAGGGAGGGGAGCAGGAUGGUCUGAGUGUCGCCCUGGCUCCUGAUGCCUCUGCCCCACCUCUUCCAGCCUGAGACCUUCUAAUCCUUCACAUCUGACCACUAGAGGGUGGGCAGUUGCUGUGCCCUGACCUGUCCCCUGGACCUGGCCUUGCUCUGAGAAGGUCAUUGGUUGAUCUGUGGCCUCAUUUGCUCUCUGGUCCUUCAAGGUUCCUGACAGCACCUCUGAUGUUGGUCUAUAUUUUAGUCUCCAUACCUGCUGGGGGAGCCCGUCAUUACCAUGCUCUCCCAAUCUUGGGUUUCCUGCCUGCAUUGCUCUGGCUCCACCAUCAGGAGCUGCUCUGUAUUUGUUAGACAACUAUAUAUGUGUGCCUGCUGACCGGGCUCAGGGGAGAGAUGGAUUCGAGUAAGCCACUGGUAAUGGAGUAGCCUUUAUGUGCCAGGCUCCUCUACAUGUGUUAAUUGUUAGCUCAGACAUCUCUAGGAGGUAAGUACUUUCCCUGUUUUACAGAUCACAAAACUAACAGGCUUAAAGGAAAAACCAAAAAAUAAAAAAAGACAAGUCACUGAAUAAAGUCAGACACAGAAAUGUUAGUACUUUCUCAAAGUCACACAGCUAGAGUAGAGCUGAGACCCAGCAUGUAUGGACAAAGAGGGGGUGCUGGCCCUUGCAUUUGGGGGUCUCUGGGAGGUGUCAGGACCAUUCAUAUGUAUGAGUUCCCCACGGUUUGUGCAUAUCCCUCUCCUGAUGGUCUGCCCCCCCAGCAGGAGGUGGGUCCACCUUCCACUUUGCUUCUCCAUGCUCUUUAUUUACUUCACAGCACACAACACAAUGUGUAAGGAUUUUAUUUAGUGACUUGUGUUUUUUUAUUUUUUGGUUGUUCCUUUAAGCCUGUUAGUUUUUUGAUAGUUUGCUAUGUAGCAAUAAACAAUCAGAGUAAAUAGCCAAGACAAAUUUGAAGAACAAAGUCAUGGGAAAAGGGAGUGGCCUUACUGUACCAGAAACCAAGAAUUACUAUAAAGUUCUAAUAAUCACGAUAUGACACUGGAAUAAAACAUUGGCCAACACAACAGAACAGGGAGGCAAGAAACAGACUUGUGUGCAUACGGAAGCUCAAUAUUUGGCAGAGUGGACAUUAUAAAUCAGGAGGAGAGGACAGAAUAUUUAAUGAAAGGCAUCGACAUAAUUAUCUAACCAUAUGGAGAAAAACAAAACUAGAUUCCUACCUUAUAUAUUACACAAAAAUAAAUUCCAGGUGGGCUAUAAGCCUAAAUGUGAAUAACAAAACAAUAAAAUGUUCAAACAAAAACUUGAAA